AUGCCCAUCAUCAAAGUUAGUGAUAAAGAAAAAAUAAAACUGUUAAAAGUAUUAGACUCUCGUGAACCAGUUGCGUGUGCGUUCAGAAAUUGGGACUUGUGCAAGUAUCCAGUUCUCCCUCAGAACACUUCUCAUUCAUUGACGGUAAAAUCAAGCAGUUUGUUGGAGAAACCUAGAUUUGCAUUAAUUGGACUUCAAACCGAUCGAAAAAAUAAUUUAUUUUGUCCAUCAGGACGAUUCGAUCACUGCUAUUUGAAAAACCUAAAAGUACAUUUAAACUCUGAAGUAUAUCCAUAUGAAGAUUUUCGUGCAGAUUUCACAAACAUCUUUACGGCCAUAUUGUACAAGGAAUAUGCUGAAUUCCAGAAAUCGUACUACGAGAGAGAGUAUAGUGACCCUUUACUUCUUAAAAAUAUUUUUCAACAAUUUGCACCAAUCGUAGUCGUGGAUUUAUCACGACAGAAUGACAAUGUAAAAUCAUCGACUGUAGAUUUACGAAUUGAAUUCGAAACAGACAAAGCCAUUUCAGCAAAAACCGCAGAUUAUUGUCUCAUUUUACACGAUCAAAUUAUAACUUACAACCCGUUUAAUGGUGAUGUAAGGAAAUUGUAA